AUAUAAGUUACGAAACAACCUGGACCUGCGAUAUUUGAGCAACUGGAAGAGCUCAAUCGUCAGCAGCAGCAGCUAGCAACAGCGUUGGAGACUCUUCGAGAAGGCUAGGUCAGCACAGUGUCACCCGACACUUCCUGUUGAUCGACGACGGCAUGAGCAACGGCAUCGGACACCACCAGCAACUCAGCACCCAGCCAGCAUUCCUGCCUGCGUAGGGACUUUAGGGACUAGCGCAGGCCUCUGUAUAAUUUCAUUUUGCUUCUAAUAAAUCACUCAGUUUCUUUACCUCGACGUGAGCGGACCUUCAGUCCGGGAUUCAAAAUUUUUUAAAAAAACAUUCCGAACUACCAGAUUGUUAAGUGGCGCAGUCGUGGUCUGCCCGUGGAGUGCGCGAGUGAUUAGUGAAAUUUAACAGCGGGACCAGCACCGGAAGAAUACUAGUGAUUGGAGAACGCAACCGUGAGAAUAUCGGACUUAGAUUUCGUGAUUGCACGCCACCAAUCGGAGCAGAGAACCUACAGCUCACCCGGAAAGAGUGAUUAGUGAAAUUCAGCGGCGGGACCAGCACCGGCAGAAUACUGGCGAACGGAGAACGCAACCGAGGGGAUAUCGGACUUGGAUUUCGCGAUUACACACCACCGAUCGGAGCGAAGAACCUACAACUCACCCGGAAGGAACCCAUCUUUGAAGGAACAUCAAGGAUUAGCGGUGAGUGAGAAAAUAUAAUAGUAUAAUAAAUUCUUUCGGAAAUAGAAGUGAAGCCGCUUUAGGAGAAAGAAACUGUGUCAAAUUUAGCUGCAAGAUUUUCUUUUUUUUUUGCUUUUUCAAAAAUUAUCAUCUUGGUCGUGUUUAAAGAAAAAUUUAAUCAAAAUCUGUGUUUAACGAAAACAGAAGAAAAGUGAGUGAAAAAUUAAUCAAAACGAAAUAGUGUAACGAAAUCAGAAGAGGAGCAAAAUUGUAUUUAUAAAAUUAAUUUUUAAAUCGCUUUUUCAAAAUUAUUUUCUCAGUCGUGAUUUUAUGCUAACACGUAAAAUGGCGGAAGAGAUUCAAGCUGCUUUAGACAAACUUCGUGAAGAUUUAGAGCGGCAACGAUUGGAAAUUGUCGAGUUACAAGGUCGUAAUGAAAACGAAUUAUUCGGGGAUCCUUCUGAUGACCCCGAAGCUGCAGUAGAAAUGCCAAUACCUGAAAAUAAUUUCAAAGCUUCAAAAAUUCCAGAUGCUAUUAAAAUGAUCGUACCCUAUCAUGGGGACCCAAAAACACUUGCUACUUGGAUCCGGUCUGUAGAAGAAAAAGUAAAAUUUGCUUCUGAAGACUGCCCAUCCGAGAGAGACCGAAAAAGGGCAUGGCCACUAUGGAUCAGAGACAAGAGAGACUUGAGCACUCUCGUCACAAACAUUUCAUACCUGGAGCAAGGAGCAAAAGACAUUGUCCAAUUUUACAAAGAAUGCAGAGAAUUACUCUCUGACAUUACCGCCAAAAUAUCUAUAGAUCGAGAAUUGGAAAGUUGUGCCAGAACACUAACCGGAAAUUAUGAGAACAUGAUUAUGAACUCAUUUAUUGAUGGGCUUAAUGACCCAUAUUCAACAUUAACUAGAACAUCCCAGCCUAAAUCAUUGCUAGAAGCUUAUCAGAAUACACUUGAUCAAUUUAACGCAAAUCAAAGAAAAAAACAACGCUUGAGAACGACGACCCAUAGCCAUAAAAUUACAUCUCAUAAAUAUGGCCCAGUUGUCAAAUAUAAUUCAUUUUCCCAAUCUACAACACCAAACAAUCAACAAAUACCAUUACAAUCGUAUUCUCAACCAGGGCCAUCCAAACCUUUUUUCAAACCAUCGUUUCCUCAAUCGAAACCCCAGCUUCUUCAAAUAAAAGCCGACCCAUCGACCCAAACUAGACAAAAUCGGUGGCCUUAUCCACAAAGACAAGGUGGCGUAAAUUAUCAUGAAGCUCCUGAAGAAAUUCAAACAGAAGAAGAAGUAGAACAAACACCUGAGGAAGUCGAAGAUCUAAAUUUUUGUUUAACGGACGAAUUGGAGAACGAAACCUAACUAAUAAUUUCCUCCCCUACUACGAAAUAAAAUCAAACAAUUUUGGAAAAAUUCGGCUAUUAAUAGACACUGGUGCGAAUAAAAAUUACAUUAAUCCAGAUAUUGUACCGAAGCAUGCAAUUGCUCUAGGAACAAACCAUAAAAUAAAAAUUAUUAGUGGAAGUUACAAUGUAAGCAAUUAUACACGCUUCAACCCUUUCGAAAAAUUCUUUAAAAACUUAUCACCACAAAAAUUCUUUUUAUUUAAAUUUCAUAAUUUCUUUGAUGGACUUAUAGGAUUUGAAACCCUUCGAUCAAUCAAUGCUAUAAUUGAUACAGGUUCGAAUUCACUAAAAAUCGGAGACACCAUCAUUCCCCUCAAUAAAAAGCUACCCGAUAGCAUUAUCUUAAACGCAAACGAGACCAACAUAGUUUCGGUUCCAACAGUUCAAGAAAAUGGUGAUUUUUUAGUAGAAAAUGACCUACCUAUAGCACCUAACAUUUUCAUACUGUCUGGGGUGUAUUCAUAUCAAGAUAGAAAAACUAAUAUCCUCGUUCAUAAUGGUAAUACCAAUGAACAGAACCUGAACAUUGGUGGGCUCCUAGAUUUCGGAAUAAACAAUUUUGAAAUGAAAAGUCCAAUAUUCAAACCAAACAAAAAUAAACUUUUUGAGCAAUUAAGACUAGAUCACCUAAACCAGGAAGAGAAAAAACAAAUUUCGAAAUUGAUCCAGUCCUUCCAAGACAUUUUCUUUCUUGAAGGACAA